CUGGUAACGUUGGCGAUAAGCUCCGGUCAACAGUACCUGCUUUCAUCCCUGGCGGGAUGUUGCCUGCACGCAAAGGCCGAGUGGUGCGACAAUUACACGACGCGUGUUGUUCUCGACGGUGCGUGUUCCUCGGUCGCGUAACAGCAUCCGUUGCCGCGAAAGUUGAAG